UUGUGAGCUGCCCAGGAUGUCUUCGAAGCUUCACAGCUCCAAUAACAUCAACCACGCCCGGCGGAUGGUGCAGCAGUUGAGAAUGGAGGCGAGCCGUGAGAGGAUAAAGGUGUCCAAAGCCUCUGCAGACCUUAUGAACUACUGCCACGAGCAUGCCAGAACCGACCCUCUCCUUGUGGGCAUCCCCACCUCAGACAAUCCCUUCAAGGACAAAAAACCCUGCAUUAUUUUGUAGUGAACGCUUCUUAAUGCCUUUAUGUGUUUGUUUUUUCUGCUUAUUAAUGUUGCUGCGUCCUUUUUGUGGAAGGAGUGUGGAUGGAUGAUGAUCCAAUCAUCUUAACCUUUUUAAUUUUCUUUCAGCCAAGAGAGUUGUGUGUUUGUAUUCUUCACUCAGACUACUGACGUGCCACUGUUCAGUUCGGACCGCUUCACUAAACUGUGGCUGCAMGAAUUUUGAUCCCAUCAGGUGUUUUUUUAUGUCAAGUUUUUGAUGCUCAGCAAUGGAUUUACAGUUUCACCUCCAGUGGGCAGUGACUGUUAUAGUCUCCCUAGUUUACCUUAAAAACAAACCAACAACCAAAGUUUUCCACCUGACCUCUGAAGUCCAAUCACUUCAGGUGAAUAACAAUCACUUCACAAUACAAACCCGUCUGUUAUGCAGUUUAGAUCACGGAAUUCAUGGAGCCAUUGCUGCCAAAUGUUACCAUGAUGUAUUUUUUUGGUGAAGAAACACCUGGUGUUUUAAUACAUAAAGUCAUUCCUAAGAGUUUUAAUCCAGUCUCAGCUGUAGCAGAGAUUUAAAUUUAAAUGUUGAAUUAAACAGACAAUCCUCAUCUGUUUAAUUCAACAUUUCCUGCUUGCAGCUUGAUCUGCACAGAGUCAAGUUUGUUUUAUACGUCGAGUCGCGCACCUUCCCCCUGCUGAGUGACAAAAACUGUGUAACUUCUGUCMGCUCUCCUGCUGRUAUCCCCCGGUAACAGCAGUCGUGAGCAUUGCCUCCAACUCUGAGAUGUGGACCUUGCGGCUCYGAGCGUGUGAUUGGUCGGAACUUUGUGGGUGUGUUUGUUCUUCAGGAGCAAGCAGAGGUCCAGAGCAGGACUCAAAGGUUUUCCUCUGCAGACUCUUCACCCAACACAACACUGAUCACUGAGUGAUAAAAACACAAUAACCAGUCAUCAUUAUUGUUGUUUAUAAACUUACAUGAGCUACGAUCAUUUAUGUCCUGCCACUACAUCUCCAGCACGUUUAUACUCUUGUCAGGAAAAAUACGUCAGAUUUUUUGUCACUCAGCAGGGGAACACAUGUGACUGGAAGUAUUUAAGGUUUCUCUAAAGGUUUACGACCCCUGCAUGCGAAGCGUAAGCGGGAGUCAUAUUGUUUUCGUACUGUUUUUUUUUCAGUGAGUUUUGGUCAGCUGUAGCAC